UUAUGACUUUUUAUCAGAGGAAUAAGGUUAAAAAUAAACUCCGGAAGUUGGACUUUCUCCUGGAGCCUCAGUGUUUGCUUAUAUAAGGAAGUGAGUCCUCUCUCGAGCACCAGAGUGGUUGUGGAUGCCUUAGGAAGGAGCGUGGAAUCCUAAAGUAUGAGACUCUUGGUAUUGUUACUGUGCUUCCUGGCAGGCUGCCUGGCUCAGAAGCCUCACCCAUGCUCAAGUCCUCCUCUGCUGACUGGAGCCCUCACUGUGUCCACACAAAAUGAAAAGCUGUGGACUUAUGCCAAAUACCUGUACGAUGCGAUAGGACAACGGAUCCGGAUCAUGGAGCUGGGCACUUACGAGAAUAAGUCAUUCAACUUUGAUGCUCUUCUGCUCUAUAAAGAGGCUACCAUGUAUGAGAUCAAUGACGUAAACCGUACAUGCACGAAAAAGCCUCUGAAGGUAGACUUCCAGCCUAUGGGAAUCCCGAAAGAUGCCUCUCUGCUGGGCCAGGUUGUUCUGGGCAGCUCGACUGGACCUGGACAAGGACUCCUGGUCAAUAGUUGGAUGGGAGACCUGCCAGACAAAUCAGGAAAGUUCCUGAGCACAGUCACUGAAUUUGGGUGCAUCCCUGUGAGCAGUGCGUACCACACAAAGCAGUAUGGAUGGAUGGUGACAAACUUCUUCAACAACAUCAUCGGGAUAGACGACCCUGGGUUGCUCAACCCUCCAGACUUCUGCCUGGGCGCAGAGCUGAAUGCUGACAGCGAGGACGAGCCUGUCGACUUUUUUAGCUUGUUCCUCAAACAGCAUUGAGUCAUUCAGCACAGCAUUCCUUUACAAAUUAAUUUGCCAUUAAACAAGUGGAGCUACUAAAUCACAGCUUUGUUAGGUGGCAUACAUCACACCUUCUCCUGCUAAUAAAUUGGUUUUUCCAAGGAUCUUGAGAUGAGCAUCUCCGAUGCAGAAUUUGACAUAUUUUGAAUUUAUUUUUAUUUAUUUUUUGAGUUUUGUUUUUUACAUUGAGGAUUUCUUUACCCAACAGAAAGCUGCAUUUAUGAACGUUUUCAGAGUGACAAUGGUUCCAAAAAAACUCCCUCUUUCUGUCAAUAUGCUGAUGUGUCACCAUGUGUAAUUUUUUAUCAAUAAAUACAUAUGAACAAUAAACAAAUGCA